AUGGACGAUAAGAGCUGUGACUUCAAUGAACUGAACGCUUGUCUCAUAUCACCAUUGGAUGAGCGCCUGAACGGAUCCAAAGAGAUUAUGGACACCAUAUGCGAGAUGUCCAACAUUUUGAGGACAGGUAUGGACGCCGAGUGUCUCAUCAUUUGCUUCAAGCUCUUGGAGAAUGGCGUCAAUCCGGAAGCGCUGGCAAAAGUGGUCCACAAUUUGCGCAAACAAUCGCUGAAUACAUGA